AUGUCUAAAACUGAAAUAUUUGACAAAGAACAAAAACAAAGUCGACUUACCAAAGAUUUUCUUUAUCAGUCAUCACAUUAUCUUAAGCUACGGAGAACAGGUAUACUUCAUACCAUCUUUUCGCAAACACAAUCAACUAAUGAUAUAUCUACAUACCAUUGA